CGCAGCAACUGCGCCGCCGCCACCUUUCCUCACUUCAGUUCUGCCGUUCCGCGGCCUUUUCCCCUUGGCCACUUUCCAGUUCCGUCGACGGCGACGGCGGGCGGCCGUGGCACCGGGCGACCGAUUUCUCUCUCCCCUCCCCUUCACCAUGUCGGGCCCCAAAGUGUCCGUGGCCCGUUCCGCGCCCCCGGCGCCUCGCGGCCACACCCUCCUCCUCCUCCCGGCGGCUCCCACGUUCGCGACGAGGUUUCGCUCCGGUCGUCAUCGUCGCCUCACGACUGCGCGCGCCGCAGGGGUUUCCCCCGCCGACCCACGCCGGUUCGGAUCAUUCUCCGGUAGUCGUCACCGUCCUUCUCCGCUCCAUUGGAUUUGCGAGGAGGAUCGGGGGAUUUCUCCGUGUUCUGCAUGUGUUGGGACGAGGUUGGUAGAAGAAAAUGCAAGCCUGCAAAACGUGCAUACAAAGGGGUGGAAGGAUAGAAUAAGGAAGCAGCUCCAGAAAGUCGAAUUAUCACCAUCUUCAUACGACACGGCAUGGGUGGCUAUGGUGCCCUCGCCGGGUUCACCUCAGGCUCCACACUUCCCUCAGUGUGUUGAAUGGAUACUGCAAAACCAGCAGGGCGAUGGAUUCUGGGGUAUCAAUGAAUUUGGCUCAUCAGUCAACAAGGAUAUUCUCUUAUCCACACUGGCAUGUGUUCUUGCGCUUAAGAAAUGGAGUAUUGGCCAGGAGCACAUAAGGAGAGGACUACAUUUUAUUGGAAGAAAUUUCUCCACUGUUAUGGAUGAGCAGAUUGCUGCUCCUGUAGGCUUCAGCAUCAUUUUUCCUGGCAUGAUUAGCCUUGCCAUUGAGAUGGGUUUGGAGUUUCCUGUUACACAAACUGAUAUUGAUGGGCUUCUUCACCUUCAGGAGAUGGAAUUGAAAAGGCAGGCUGGGGAGAAAUCUUAUGGGGGUGAAGCUUAUAUGGCCUAUGUUGCUGAAGGAUUAGGAAACCUGCUGGACUGGAAUGCAGUUAUGAAGUUUCAGAGGAAGAAUGGAUCGUUGUUCAAUUCUCCUUCCACGACUGCUGCUGUGUUAGUCCACAAUCAUGAUGAUAAAGCCCUUGAGUACCUAAGUUUGCUUGUCAGUGAAUUUGGUGGUGCAGUACCAACAGUGUACCCACUAAAUAUAUACUGCCAGCUUUCGAUGGUGGAUUUACUUGAAAAGAUCGGAAUUUCUCAGCAUUUUUCUAACGAGAUAAAGAGCAUCCUAGACAUGACAUAUCGUUUAUGGUUACAGAGAGACGAGGAAAUCAUGCUGGAUAUAGCAACAUGCGCAAUGGCGUUUCGCCUUUUACGUAUGAAUGGAUAUGAUGUAUCUUCAGAUGGACUAUCUCAUUUUGCCAAAGCCUCCACUUUCCAUAAUUCACUUCAUGGGUAUUUAAAUGAUAGAAAAUCUAUAUUGGAAUUAUACAAGGCUUCAAAAGUCAGUUUAUCGGAAAAUGAUUUGAUCCUAGAUAACAUAGGCUACUGGUCUGGGAGCCUAUUGACGCAAAAGCUGUGCUCUGACGGUGAUAGGUCGCGGCGGAUUACAAUAUAUGGAGAGACGGAGUAUGCUCUUAAGUUUCCCUUCUAUGCCACACUAGAACGUCUUGACCACAAGAGGAACAUUGAACAUUUUGAUGCUCAAGGUUCUCACAUGCUGAAAACAGAAUAUUCGCCAUGUCCUGUGAACCAAGAGCUCUUAUCUUUGGCCACUGCAGAUUUCACCUUUUCGCAAUCUAUCUACCAGGAUGAACUUUUGGAUCUUGAUAGUUGGGUGAAAGAGAACAUGCUGGACCAGCUACAAUUUGCUAGACAGAAGUUGACAUAUUGUUAUCUCUCUGCUGCUGCUACUAUAUUUCCUCCUGAAUUGUCUGAUGCUCGUAUAUCGUGGGCCAAAAAUGGGGUGCUCACAACUGUUGUUGAUGACUUCUUCGAUGUUGGAGGAUCAAAAGAAGAACUUGAAAACCUCAUAGCAUUAGUUGAGAAGUGGCAUGAGCACCACGAAGAUGAGUUCUACUCUGAGCAAGUAAAAAUAGUAUUUUCUGCUCUCUAUACCACAGUGAACCAGCUUGGGUCAAUGGCUUCUGCAGUACAAAACCGCUGUGUUACAAAUCACCUGAUAGAAGUUUGGCUACAGCUAUUGAGGUCUAUGAUGACUGAGGCAGAAUGGCAGAGGAGCCAAUAUGUGCCAACGAUGGAGGAAUACAUGAUGAAUGGAGUUGUUUCAUUCGCACUGGGGCCGAUUGUGCUCCCAGCAUUGUAUUUUGUUGGGGAAAAGCUGUUGGACAGUGUUGUCAAAGAUCAAGAGUACAGUGAGUUGUUUAGGCUAAUGAGUACCUGUGGCCGUUUUCUGAAUGACAGCCAAGGCUUUGAGCGGGAGGGCAGCGAGGGGAAACUGAAUAGCGUUUCACUACUCGUUCUUCACAGUGGCGGUUCUAUGUCAAUAGAAGCGUCCAAGGAGGCAAUACAGAAGUCCAUAGUCACUUCUAGGAGAGACCUGCUAAGAUUGGUCCUUAAGGAAGACACGGUUGUUCCUAAGCCAUGCAAGGAGCUGUUCUGGAAGAUGUGCAAGAUACUAAACGUGUUCUACUUUCAGACUGAUGGAUUCAGCUCUCCAAAGGAAAUGGCCAGCGCAGUGAAUGCAGUUAUCCACGAGCCACUCAAACUCAACGCUAUGAAUCCACCUGUGACUGUUUCGUCAGAAUAACAAUUUAACAAUUUCCUGUGUUUGGUCGUGUUCAUAUGGGGCAGAUCGCAGAUGUAAAGAUUACCGAUUUCAUCAGAAUAACUUUUGAUACUGUAAACGGGUUGAUGUAAAGAUUGAGGCAGGCUCAAGGUUAAAAAAAACUGCGUGCGUUGUGACUAUGAAAGUUCAAUGCUAUCUCUUAAUGAUUUUAUUUAUACUGAA